AUGCAUAUGCCUAAUCGAGCUUGGUGGUCUCUAGCUUCAGUACUAUGUUUACCCGAAUAUCAUAGUUUGGCCCCUCGGGUUCUCGCUUAUUCGCAAAAUGCAGAUCGUCCCUUUGCCGAUACCCUGAAACCGGAAAAAAAAGACGAUUUUGGCUCCGCAAUAUAUCGAAGUUCGUUAUACCAGGUUGCAAAAGCGGUGGGGAAGAACAACCAACAUUUGUUGUGAUACUCAGUAAGAAAAUUUUCUCUCUGCUUCUCGCCAUUGCUUCUUCACAGAAUAACAAAUAUUUUACAGCCACCGCAAAACAAGCACCGUGCCCCAGGGAUUAUUGAAGGAUAAAUAUGUACCUAAACAAUCAAUACUUGGAAGUAAGUACAUAUAUUCCAAAGCCCUCCUCCACUUACCGAUCUAUUUCCUGAUUUUCAGCUAACGUUUUAUACCUCAGAUUGUCCUCUACAAGCCUCCGAAGAGGCGGGCUGCACACCCGAGACGAUGGCAAACGCCCAAGUUGCGAGGAAACAUGGCUCCUUGCCUUGUUAUUGA